AUGAAGCUAACUCUGUUACACUGGUACCAGCUGACACACAGGAACACUGAGUCUGAGAGCAGCACAGAGGACCAGCAGGAGGACAACCAGCCUGAGACCCAGAGACCAGCCAGACUCACCCAAGACCCAGAGCCCUCUACCCAGAGAUCAAGACCCAGAGACCAGCCAGACUCACCCAAAACCCAGAGCCCUCUACCCAGAGAUCAAGACCCAGAGACCAGCCAGACUCACCCAAGACCCAGAGCCCUCUACCCAGAGAUCAAGACCCAGAGACCAGCCAGACUCACCCAAAACCCAGAGCCCUCUACCCAGAGAUCAAGACCCAGAGACCAGCCAGACUCACCCAAAACCCAGAGCCCUGUACCCAGAGGAACAUGGUGUCUCCUGAUCCCUGGAACCAUCUGCUCUCCAGCUCCAACCAACCUCCAAGCUCUCUCUGACAGAGGAGUUAAUCAGAGGAACACUGUCUGGACCCAAAGCCUUUCUCCCGGUCCUGGGUUGGAUUAUUUCAAUAGAUCUUCUAGUGGUGCCUGUUGUUACUCUCUCUCUCACAUCUUAUUUCAUAAAGAAUGAGAUAUUGUGGAUGUCUUCCGACCGUUUGCUGUGUGAAGACAGAGGGUACUGAGGGACUGAUGAUACAAUAUUAUAUUAAAUCAGAACUUUUCUUCAUGAAUGCAUUUUAUUUCCAGAAUUACAGUUCGUUUAGAUUUGUGAACCAUGGGGUUUUAGGGAGACCGUGCCACAGAUGUGUGUUGCUGUCAGGGAGUGGUGAACAUUUGGAGCCCUGGGAAGAGGAGCCCUGGGUAGAGGUGUCAAAGGAUGGUGAACAUUUGGAGCCCUGGGAAGAGGAGCCCUGGGUAGAGGUGUCAAAGGAUGGUGAACAUUUGGAGCCCUGGAAGAGGAGCCCUGGGUAG